UAUCCCCCAACCCUCAAAAAUUCACAUAUGGAGUUGUCUUCAGUAAGGCCAACCCCGGAGUCAUCAUCAGCAGGCAAACGAAAGCCGCGGAUAUGUUCCUACUGCGAGCGAUCCUUCCGGCGCUACGAGCAUCUCCAAAGACAUCUUCGAAUUCAUACACAUGAGAAACCCUACGAAUGUGACUGUGGUGCAUCGUUCAGUCGGCGAGAUCUGCUGAAGCGCCACCAAUGUAUUGGCCACGCCCCGAUUACUCCAGCGACGGAGGACCCGUCACCUGCAGAGGUUCACAAUACCAGCAAUGUCCAGUCUCAAGUAGAGUAUUCCCAUUCCAAUUUCCAGCCUUCUUUGCCGGAGCUAGCAGAUCUUCAUGACAUCGCCCAAGUGCUUCCAAGCCAGACUAGCCAAUAUCCCAAUGUGCAACUCGAAGGAAAUCCGCUCUUCAGCUCCCAGGAUCUGCUGGUUCUGCAAGAUCUGGAGAUGUUUAGUAACAACAUGGGGCUGAACAACGAAUGGUAUCUCCCAACUGAGCCCAGCAUAACACAGAUCUUUGCGGGUGAUUCCAGCUUCAAUCUCACCACAAAUCCAUCUACUGCACCAGCAUCCGGCGCAUUUUCCGUUGGUCCUGAUCAGGCUCUGAGCAAGUUACCAACCGAGCGAGAAGCAGUCGCGGCCAACGACUUGCCGUCUUGCCACUCGCUGUCACGGUUCGCGAAUGGCUUUUUCGAUGGAUUCUAUCCCCAUUACCCCAUGGUGCACAUCCCAACCUUCAGGAUCGAUGAAUGUGAGCCGGAAUGUCUCUUAGCUAUGUGCGCCCUGGGUGCUGAGUUCCGGCAUGAGAAUCGCAAAGCGGUGCUACUGUUUCAGGCGGCUACGGAUAUAUUGCAGCAACGAACGCGUGAAAAGCAGAGGACAAAUGGUGGGAAAGCUGCGCCGUCUGGGAACAGUACGACUCCAUUACAUCAGGGAUCUGCCCCAGACCACAAAAGCGCGCAAUACCGCGAAACCAUGCGCGACGCACGCUGCGCCUUUCUACUGAUUGCUUUCGCAACCUGGCAAGGAAAGGAGGAUCUAGCACGAGAGGCGUUCAACCUCCAAAGCUUCCUGGCACGAUGCAUCCGGGAAUGUCAGCUCGAACAGGCCGAUCAGGGGCCCGAUGCUAGUGCCACAGAUUGGCGGUCCUGGGUCCAAGAAGAAACAGACCGCAGGAUCAAGCUGUUCUCUUUUGCCCUCCUGAACCUGCAGUCUCUGGCCUUCGGCACCCCCUCCGUGAUCCUGACCGAUGAGAUUCGCGUUCGUCUGCCAUGCAGCUGUCUGGAGUGGAUUGCUCCAAGCUCGGAGAAAUGGAAUCGUAUCCGAACCAGGCCCGGGUUUCGGGAGCAGAUGAUGUUUCAAGAUGCCCUCUGUCACAUCAUGAAGAACCCGCCGGCGCCGGGCUUCCCCAACGCGCAUCCGGUGCCAUCGCCCCAAGCGAACUAUAUCCUGCUGCAUGCGCUCAUCCAGCAGAUCCUCCUCGCAUACCGUGCUCUCGGGCCAUACAACGACGCGAACAAAUCCUUGAUCAAUGGGCAGAAGGAGAUCAUGCGACACGCCCUUCACGCGUGGACCUCUCUAUGGCAGCGCGCCCCGGAAUCGAGCUUGGAUCCCCGCAACCCCAACGGCCCCGUGACCUUCACCUCGACCGCGUUCCUCGGGGUGGCAUAUGUUCGCCUCGGCCUCGAUAUCGGGUCCUACAGAAUCCUUCGAUCGCAAGACGCGAACGAGAUAGCCAGCCGGCUGCUACACAUGCCACGGCUUCCCGCCGGGCCACAUCUCCUUCCCGCUAUCCUGCAUGCCACCCACGCCCUCAGCAUCCCCGUCAAGCUGGGCGUGAACUUCGUAGCGCAGAGCCAUGCCUUCGUCUGGAGCAUCCAACACUCGCUUUGCGGGCUGGAGUUCGCCAUCUUCCUCAGCAAGUGGCUGUUCUGUAUCGCGGACUGUCAGACGAGGCGGCCGCUGGACGAGCACGAGACACGGUUGGUAAGCUGGAUCACCGACAUCGUUGAAGAGGGACGAACCUCCGGAGACGAGGACCUGUGGGCCAGGCCGGCGAUCCCCUCGGACUGUGUCUACCUGGGUUUUGCUGUCGCGAAGCUCUGGGCGCGGUUGAUUCGAGGCAAUGGGCAGUGGCUUCUCCUGAAGAUCAUUGGCGAUGGGCUGGAUAUCUAUGCCGAUACAUGCGACCGAGACUCUGUUCGCUCUCAGACAGGGUCGUCUGCGGCUGCACGAUGAUAAACCUUUAUUUGGCAUCAUUCCUCGAGCCUUGACAGAUUAUAUAAC